UAAUAAUAGCAAUGACGUGAAAGCCAAACGCAAGCUUCGUUACGCGAUCGGUUGAAUGAAGGGUGCCAAAAGUAAUAUUUAAUCAAGGUCGUCUACAUUCCAGUAAAGUAUUUACUGUUCAAUAAAACAAAUACAUUUAAAAAGCAAACACAACUUAGUGCAGAUAAAUAGUGACCGAGUGUGCAAAUAAUUAUUGAAUGAAUGAUCCGUCAGCUGGCAGCAAUACAGCUUUCAAUUUAAUUGCGACACCUGAAAAUUGAAACCUUAUGGUGUGUAACAGAGGCUGAUAAGAUAAGAGAAGCCACCUGAUAACAGGUACAAGCAAAAAUAAAAAAUAUAAAUAAAAGUAAAAAAGUGUACAAUCAGAGAUACAAAUAUAGUCAACAGGCCACAGUGACAAUAAGAGCACUCGAACCCAAUGGGCAAGUGUGUGUCGCGCCAACCAACAACAGCCGCACAUCAUCAAUCUGUGUUGACAAUAACGCUAUCCGAACAGGAUUUGGCCCAGACGCACAAACUAUGGCAACAGUUGACAUCGAGUAAUGAAUAUGUAGCAGCCACAGAAUCCACAGUCGACCCACAAGAUGAGCCUUUCUACUAUUGCAUAAGUCACAAAAAGCCAAAGCGUGAAGCUGCAGACAACGAAUCGGAAGCUCUUCUGCACUUCGAGACAAUCUAUAAUAAUGUUCUGGCUGCCGAAGGACCAAACGACUACACUUGUCAGGAAUUUCUAUUGCAGGAGCUGGCACAGUUUAUGGAACAAGCCGAUGUCGUCAGUCUGAGCAGCCUGGCUAAGCCCGAACAAGAGCCAGAGCAAUGGACAGUGGAUUGUGGACAGAGAAUAAAUCGUCCUGCAGAGCUGCAACUAAAACGGCGGCCCACUGGUUGUCUUGGAAACGCCAAAGAGGGUCAGACGGAGAGCAAGAAGCAAGGAGGUGGGGGCGGCAAGGCGAGUCGUCGGAACAAUGGCGAACAGGGCGAGCACACAUUACACACCAAAGGGACAGCCAUGUCCUUUGGAUUCCGCAAAAAGCUCAACUCGACGCCCAAGAAGUUCAAGAAACUGUUGGAGGGCACCACCGACCGUGGCGGCGACGGGGACUCCAAAACCCCGGAGCCCAUCAAAGACGACAAUGGGAAUGCAGCCACCCCUCCACCCGUACAUUUCGAGAAAGUGGGCGCCGCAGCUCAGCGUGGAGCGACAGGCGCGGCCGGCAAUCGCUUUGGAUAUCGCGGACAAAUGCCACGCCCCGCUUCCACAGGCUUGGCGACCAUGACCGGCGAGGAGUCAACCACAGAGAACAACAACAACAAUAACCACAAUGGCAAUGCAACGGCCAGCAACACCAACAAUAACCCCAACAACAACAACAAUAAUAAUGCCGGCGUCCUCGUCAGCAAUUUGAAGCGUCGUUCGAAGAGCGCGCACGCAGGCCGUACCUUGGACGGCACCCAGAGCGAUGGCGAGCCAAAAAUAACACAACCAAAGACACUGACGUUCAAUCUGAAUCAGAACACAACCAUUGAGUACCAGCGGCGUCAGUUCUUCGGCGAGAUCGUAGACGGCACAUCUCAGACAACCCGGUGUGGCUCACGCAGCCAGCAGACGACGGCACAACGCUACAACUACAACAAUCUGGCCAGUAUGCACGCGAAUGUCAUCGUUCGCCCCACUCCCCGUGCCGCUCCCGCCAGCUUUGCCAAGUUCACGUUGCAAACAGUUAGUCUCCCACGGCCAGAAUAUCCUGUGGCCAUCAGUCUAAGUGCUACCACGCCCACAACGCCCAGCAGCAGCAGCGUUCAGUCGCCGAUUCCAGCGCAUGCCACAGGCGCCCGAGCCAAGGAUACGACUACUUCAACAACAACAACCACAACACGUCAGCACCCGCUGACCUCGGUGCACGCCCAACCCAUCGGAGGUAACCUCCGGCAACUGGAUCAGAAGAGCGUCAAGCAGUUGACGAACAAUUCGACACGUCGCGGCUUCUCCGGCAGUCGUGAGAUUAGCGCCGAUUCGGGUAUAGCCAGCAUGGACAUGGCGCUAGAUAGCUCGGGUAGUUGCAGCUCGGGAGCUACGCGUCGUACCUCAGUCGCUUCCCCCAAACGCAGUCGCAGUCGACCGCGUAAUCUGCAGAUGGUGAUGAGCGGACGCCACACAUUUGAGGUGCGGGACCUAGACGAUCCGCCUUCUAGCGAGUCCAGCUCUUUUGUGGAGACACUGGCCUUGCCCAAGCUGCCCACAGACAGCAAUCAGAGCAUGCCCUUGCCACUGGUGGGACUCGUACGCUCCAAUACCGUGCUCAGUCGCGAGAGCUACGAACGCCGUCAGGGAGAACAGCAGCAGCAUCAGGAUCAACAAAUACAGCAGAAGCCCACAAAUCAAGCAAUGGCCGCUCUGCAGCGUAACGGAAGCGAUGAAAGCGAGAGCGUGGAUGAGGAGAAACUGUAUUUGGAUUCGUCGACAUCGGAGAAAAGUGCCAAACAGCAGAACACAUCGCCAUGCAGCUCCACGCUCUCCUCCUGGUGUCAGGCGGGCGAGUCACUCGCGGUAAAGGAUUGCAGCAGCAUGAGCAUCACCAGCAGCAGUGAUGGCAACAAUCAGCAUAGAAAUCAGGCUAACAAAGAGCAGAUCGAACAAGAGCAGGAUAUGUCGCUGGGUCUCGACGAUAUUAGUCUGAUGAACACGGACAUGCAAUUUAGCACCCUUUCUUCCAUAACGGAGACACCGAAGGCCACUGCUCAGCCCCAGGAUUCACUGCUCAAAAUGCACAUUGUGGACAACCGGGAGGGCUCCACUCUUGAAACCCAAGGCACAAAUGCAAGCCAACAGUGUGAGCGUCCACGCUCCUUCAACAAUGCGCUCAACGAGUCCAAGUUCGCGGAGCUUGCCUUGGCGAGCAGCAACUACCUGCUGGACGAUGAGACAUCGCCCACAGAUAGUCUGGUGAGCAGCACGGAGUCAGAGGAGGCUGUGGGCAAGCUGCAGAAGCAUAAACUCAAUGCUGAGCUGCAGGAGAAGGAUAUUGAUGAGAUCUCACCUGAACUUGAAGUGGGAAGUCCCAUCUCACCGGGCACACCCACACAUGCCUCCCAUUCGCUGUCCCUCGGCUCCGAUUGCGGCAAUCUAAUCGAUGAUGAAAUUGCCGAUCAGCCAGCAUUGCUCUUCAAUAGCGAUGCGCAGGAACCUGCUUCUGGAGAACUGAGCCUCGCUCAGCAAACAGACACACCCACGCUCAUGGAAACGCACACCCACACCGGUUCGUUGCGAUCGCUGAAGAGUCAGUCGAAGGCACGCACAGCCCUACAACAGGCCAUCGAAUUGAGUCUGCGAACUCCCGCCUCAAUACGCAAGGCCGUCAUGGAGCGUGCCGAGUCGCUGGACACACUCUCGCCCUGCGAAUCGAUAUGCUCCGACGAUCUCAUGAUGGACUUCGAUGUGAACAGCAGCAUGGACUCCAUAGAUCACACUACCUCGGUGCGCAGUCGCAGCGGCUCCGAUUUGCACCAAAUGGAACAGUCGGAGACGGAGCUCAUGGCCCAGCUGGAGCGGAAGAGCAGUAACGUCAUGCAGGAACUCAACAGCAUGUUGCGGCAGCGCAUGCAACGCAAUGGCGCCAGGGAGCGUAUCAGCGCUCACUUGCCCGCUCGUGCCACACGCCUCCUUAAUCGCUCGCGCCUACAGGAUCAGCAAUUGCAGCAAUGCGCUAACAACGCCAACGAUUCGGACAACAGUCUACGUUCCACACAGAGCGGCGGAGGUGGUGGUGGUAGUGGCGGCUUUGGAGGCGCCGCACGUAAACGCAACACACAACAUUCUCGCCCCUCAACGGCCUCCUCCACAUCCAGUCUGCAGCGGCGACAGCGCCAGCAACAGCAACAACCGGCAGCAGGCUCUUCCUCUUCACGUUGCAGUCAACGUCAUCUGGAGCUGCACAGCUCAUCGGACGAUCUCAUGUUAUAUGAUAAGUCAUUCAGGAAUGCAAUGAUACAGGAUGUGCUGCAAUUCAAGAAGCAGUUGCUGCGCUUGCGACGCAUUCUGCAGGAGACGGAAACGCUGAAUCCUUUUGAGCACGACAAUGUGCAGCUAUUUGCCGCUUGUGGUCUGGACAGUAAACAGCUGAACGAUAUCGAUUUGGCCAGCCUAACGUCAUCGACCACGGAGGAUCCACUACAGGAGUUAUCGGAUCUACGUAGACAGGUGGUUUACCUUCAGGGUCAAGUCGAUGAUCGUGAUCGGACCAUUCGCCUGCAGCGAGACCUCAUUGAGCAGCUGGAGGCUGAAAAGCGUCAAGCAUGCGUGCCCGGUGAUGGCGAAUUGGCCAAGGAGCUCAUUAGCAUGGCCACACAAACAGAGCGUACACGACCACUUGCAAUUGGUGCGGAGGGUUUGUCCAGAAGUAAGCCCGAAUAUACCAGCUAUACAACGCAUUUUCCAACACUGCAUUGCAAUGAUUCCACGGUGGCUGCCACCACAAUUAUACGCCAUCAGCAGCAGCAGCAACAUCAUCCGUGCAACAGCAACAACAGCAACACCAAUUGCCAGGCCUUGAACCAGACCCGUCGCCACACUAUUAUUUCCACAACAUUAACAAAUUACAAUCAACAAUUGGCAACAAACAUGCCACGACGCGCUUCCAUUGCCUGGGAUCCAGCUGAAGUUGCAACUGCGACUGCUGCAGCAACUAGAAAGGCAGCAGCAGCAGCAGCAACACCAACACCUGCUUACAAGCCGGUGCGUAUUACGCUCAUAGGCGAGCCCUUGCCCCCACAAAAUGGUUACCAUAAAGUGCAACCAACCCAACAACAACAACAACAGCAGCAAAAUGGCUUAAAGACACGCUACAGCAAUGGCGGCAGCUGCCACAGUGUGAAGAAGGCUUCUUCCAAUGGACAAACACAACAUUAUCAGCCGUUGUACAACAGCAACAAAAUGACAAACCCAACCGUAACUAUAGUCUGAUUUGAAUACCACACUUCUUCUUCGUCAACUUCUUCGCUCAGCUAACAAAACGCACAGAUAUCGCAGGUCUUCAAGAUUAAUGCGUAUAUUUACUAAACAUAAUGGAAACUCAAUACAAUGUCCAACACUUAUUUGUAUGUUUUACAACACUGGAACAGUCACAAAAUGAUCAGAGCAACUGCAAUUUGCACCACUUUUUUGUUGUAGAAUUUAUGGUAUGUAAGCAACAUUUUUAUUAUAAUUUAAAAUUUGAUUUCUAAUACCUGAGAACGCUAUAUAGCCGCUGAACUUGCCCAUUUUCCAGAAUAUUUUGCUCAAUUUCCAUUUUCUGAAAUUAGUUCAGGUUUUCAGAAUACGAAAAAGGGAUCCAAUGCGGACGAUGUUUGUGAAACAGAUAUAUGUAUCUUACGCUUAAAUAACCAACAUCCAAAUAACUCUUAAAUCAACCAGUUCCGAAAAAAAAAGUAUUCUUCACCUUUUUGAAAACCCUAUUAUAAUUGUCUGUACCUUUUAAAGCAUUCAAAUCCUUAGAAAGGAAUUUGAAAAGCUAGAUAAUCAAUAAAUUAGUCUAUUUGCCAGACAACUAUGUAUAUGGAAUCAUAAUCAGGCUACCCUUACAAUUAGGAUCUGCUCCGUUGCUAGAAUUAAAAUUCGAACUUAGGCCUCAUAACUUGAUUUCAAAAAUGGGGAAAAAAGUAUACCCGACUUUGAUUGUCUUGUGGAUUUUGUAAUUGUAGUAUUGAAAUGGCAGCUGGCUUAUUCUUCUGAUUAAUUAGCUUUUCUCAAUCUUGAGGGCUAAACUGAAAAAUGAGCAAAAUAUUAUACAGAAUUUAAAUCGCUAAUACCCUAAAUAGUAAUACCCUCACUUUUAUUAAUAAACUCUCGCUGUGCUCGUAAAUAUAGAAUGAGAACUCAAAAUACCGUGCUGCUAAAAUCGUUUUGUCUACCUCUUUCUUUGCUCAAAACUUCAUCUGCUUCUUCAUCCCCUCCGCCCCCACACUCUUCCUACACAAACUAUAAUUUUGAUGAUUUCGAAAUUAUUUCAAUCAUACUUAUACACAUACAUACUACAUACACAAAUUAUCGAAAACGCCGCCCUCCACAUAAUGUCAAUGGAACAUGAACAUAACAUAAUGUUAAUAGGAGAAUUGUUGGAUUAAUUUACAGUUAUGGGCAGUUGCAGUUGCUCACUGAUUCCCCCAUCCCUGCUCCCUCCCACACACUGCGUAGCUUUUAAAGCAGUACUCCAAGCAGUGUCAACGAUUUAAAUAUCGAAAUACUGGAAUGUGUAAAUGCAAAUUAAAUUAAACCUUACUUAAAGAAAACAAACAUAUUUAUACACGCAAAUGAAUUAUGCAACUCAAUUAAAUUAAUUUAGUGGAUUAUAUAAAAACUGCAUUAUAUACUACACAUAUGUAUCUAUGUAUAUGGCACAGACUCUGAUUCUGACGAGUUAAAGGCCACCAUAAGCAUUCUAUGGUAAUAAUUAUUAAUACUAGUUCUGUUAUUUAAUUUUUAGUUGUAGCUUUUGUGUUGUAAUUAUUGUCUCCUUCUAUCUACAAGUGCUUAAUGGCAUCAUUAUUUUAAUUGUAAGAAAAUAGACAUAAAACGAUUCUAUAUAUUUAUAGCAAGUUAUCAAAGUAUUAUUUUCAUUUCUACUAGAGCACAAUACCUUCUAAAUAUGAACAAGUAAUUAUAAUACUAUACAUACAUUUAUUAUAGCUAAAAAAAAAACAUACGUAUAUGGUAUGUACUGUAAACAGUGGAAUAUAAGCAGCAUCCAUAAGC